UGGAAUUUUCACAUCACUGGAGCUUACCAGCAGGUCAUGAUCACUCGUGGUUUAAUCUUAAAGGAGUGUCCGAUACAGCAUCGCUCAGCCAUCAAGGUGACACGGUCCGAAAUUCUCGACUCUCCUUUCUCGAAGCCCACAUUAAAGCCUGAUGUCCGACGCCGUCUUGAUGACAUUGCCUCUCAAACCUUAGCCCAUAUCGCCGUCGUCAACAGUCCGUUUAGCAGCGCUGGCUGGUCAGGUCUCGAAACCGAGCGGGUUUGUGAGUUGGUGGUAACUGGGUCAGAGGAUUCAGUAGACCUUGCUCGCGUUCGUCUGCUGGUCAUGUUGGAUGAACUGAGUGGGUUACACUCCGAGUUUUGUGAAAUUGAUCAAAAGCUGCACGCAAUCGUCGCCGGUAAAAAACGCAGCGUCUUACAGUCGAUUCAGGAAGAGACUGCAACAAAUAUAUACUUUCCUUCCCCGCUCCAGGGUCUCAUGGGUCCGGACCUCUCUGCGGCAUCUCCUUCGCCGGGAACCACUCGCACAAACCGUGUUAUUUGGAUCACAGGCGAGUUCUUUGGAGUGCAGAGGGCGAGAGACAUGCUGUAUCAAUGUUCUUUGAACAAGAGCAAGUCCGUUAUCUCAAGAGAUACAGCGAUCUUGCCGCGCAAGUUGGACUGGAUGGUCACGGACCGCGCUGAGGACUUGAAGUCCAUCAUGAGCGACAAUGCUACCUUUAUUCAAUUCCCCGCUCUUGGUAGCUCUACUAGCUUGAUCACCGUCUAUGGAGAUCACAGAGUCAAUAUUCAGCGAACUAUACGAUCUAUCAUGCAGCUGGCUUGUCAAUAUUACGUCGGUUCCUUCUGGCUCCUUCCCAUCCAGUUCAACGCUUUGUUACCUCCAACUACUCUCAAUCCUUCGGCUGUCACAACUUUGCUGAAGCAAAUUUCUAUGGCGACUGGUGCUGAGGUUGUAUUCAAAAGUAUGUGCUUCGAGAUGCAUGGCCUUGAGCACGAGGUUCGUUCCGCCGUCAGCACUGUGCUGGAAUUAGACGUAAUCAAGGCGUUCCAUCAUGAAAUUCGUUUCCAAAUUGAAUUAUCCAACGAACACCGCGAGUUUAUCAGUGGGAAGAAAAAUGGCAAGAUUAAUAAGAUUAUGCAGACCACUAAUGUGAAGAUCAAGUUCGAGACAUUCAACGACCAUAACUUUCUCAUCGACAUUGCUGGUCCUGAUAACUCCGUCCUACAAGGCCUGACGCUGUUGCAGGAGGAGCUCCCCGCCGAAAUAUCUUUUCAUGUUCCGGAAACAUACCACAAGCGUAUCAUUGGUGUUGGUGGUCGCAGUAUUCAGCGAAUCAUGAAGAAGUAUGGCGUAUACGUUAAAUUUUCGAAUGCUGAAGAGUUUGCUGCCCUGGGCGGGUAUAACGACAAUGAUGACAACGUUGUGGCUCGAACGCCCGCCAAGAACGCUAUAAAUCUAGACAACUUGAAGCAAUCCGUGAUGGAAUUGGUGAAUCCCAAGGACAAAGAUUACGUCGACGAAACCGUCUCUAUUCCUCGCCGAUAUCAUCGCACUCUCUUAGGAGAAAAAAGUAUCUUCAUCCACGAUAUAGAAACCAAGACGAACUCUCGAGUACGCUUUCCCGACAAGGAAACUGCUUCUGAUAUUGUCACGAUCUUUGGUCCCGAAAGUCAGGUGCAAAUUGCCGCCGCAAUGCUUCUGGACCACGUUCCAUUUGAGGCAGACAUGGCUGUGCCACCCAGCGCAGAUCUUCCACGCGUCUGCUCAACGCCCGAGUUCAAUGCCCUGGUCGAACGCGUCAAGCGAGAAUUGCAGGUAUCAAUUGUCCCUAACGUCAAAGCUAUUGGCCACGCCAAUGGAAGCCCCAGUUCAGAAAUGCCUUCCGAGUUUUCUUUCAAGUUCAGGUGUCAACGGAGCAAUAGUGACUUCCUCAUCACGGCGAGGGAAAUGCUUGAGCAGUUCUUGCUCAACCAUAACGUCCAUGUUUACCCUUCACCAACUGCGCACACCCACAAGCGAGGUGACUCCUUUGCGGAGGCAUUCCCACAUUUCGAUAGCAAAGUCCUAUCGACUGCCAGAACUCGUGGGCAUGGUGCGUCUUGCAAUCCAUCAAUUCUCUUUUUUUCUCAUUGCAUCUCAGAAUCGAUGGAUAUGGGCCGUUCUGACCUGAUCGGCGACAGGCGGUUGAGACUCGCUAACUCAUCCCCCGAUGUGAAGGCCUUGUUCAAUUCCCCAGCA